AUGGCCGCUCAACCUCCGGUCGCGGGGUCCGACGACGCCUCACUGCCCCUCAUCGACAUCAAGCCCCUCCUCAAGAAACUCUGGCCCGUCCCGGACGGCGGCCUCGCCGUCACCCCGGAUGAGAUCGCCGAUGCCAUCUCUUACUUUUUUACCCACCAGGUCUCCGACGCCCAGGCCGCCUCCCUCCUCAUCUCCCUGCACUUCACCAACCUCGACCGCCGCGCCGAUGUAAUGGCCCGCUCCGCCCACGUCAUGCGCCUCGCCGCCGCAAAGGUCGAUUUCGACGACCUCGCCGCCGUCGUCCGCAAAAAGAACCUCGCCGAGGGCGCCUACGCCGGCGGCCUCUGCGACAUCGUCGGCACCGGCGGCGACUCCCACAACACCUUCAACAUCAGCACCACCGCCAGCAUCCUCGCCUCCUCCCUGCUCCUCGUCGCCAAGCACGGCAACCGCGCCAGCACCUCAAAGUCCGGCUCCGCAGACCUCGUCAACAACAUGCAGCCCCGGCCCCCCGUCCUCAUGGCCGUCUCCCCAAAGACAAUCUCCCAGGUCUACGCCGCCACAAACUACGGCUUCCUCUUCGCCCCCGUCUUCCACCCGGGCAUGCGCUACGUCGCCCCCAUCCGCAAGGAGCUGCCCUGGAGGACAAUCUUCAACCUCCUCGGCCCCCUCGCCAACCCCGUCGAGGACAUCCUCGAGGCCCGCGUCAUCGGCGUCGCCCGCAAGGAGCUCGGCCCCGUCUUCCUCGAGGCCCUGCGCAUCGGCGGCUCCAAGAAGGCCAUGAUCAUCUGUGGCGACGAGGAGCUCGACGAGGUGAGCUGCGCGGGGCCCACCCAGGUCUGGAGGCUCAGCGCCUCGCCCGACGGCAGCGGCGACGUCGUGCAGGACCACUUCAAGGUGCAGCCCAGCGACUUCGGCCUCGGCACGCACCCCCUGAACACCGUCUCUCCCGGCAAGGAGCCCGCAGAGAACGCCGAGAUCCUGAGGAGGAUACUGAGCGGCGAGAUGGCUGAUGACGAUCCCAUUCUGGAGUUCGUGCUCAUGAACACGGCCACGCUGUUCGUGGCGUCGGGCAUCUGCGAGGCCGAGUCAAGCAACAUGGGCCCCGGCGAUGACGGCAAGGUCAUCGCGGAGCGGGGACCCGGCGGAGGACGGUGGAAGGAGGGCGUGCGGAGAGCGCGCUGGGCCGUCAAGAGCGGCAAGGCUCUCCAGCAGUGGACGUCUUUUGUCGACGUCACGAAUUCGUUCGAGCAGUAA